UGGGAUCUCAUAUAGUCUGUUAAAAAGCGCCCAAUCGUUCUCGUAAAAGUAUCUACGUGUGGCAUAUUUUAUAAGUGUUAUCAUAUUAAAAAUCAGUUUUAAAAUCAUCCUUAUUUCCUUAAUUUAUGGUGCAAUUCUAACAGAAUGUAACCUCUUUAUUCUUCACCUUCAAUCAAACUACCAAAGAGCAUUAUCCAUCUGUCAACACCAAGUGACAUUACCAUGUACGUUAACCUAAAAACUCGAUAUACAAAAAUAAUAAUAGUAUCCUGGAAUCUUGAUGAUAAUACAUAUAGGAUAGGGUAGAUAGGUACCCUUCCAAUGUUCCGUGUUUUGAACCACAGGGGUAGGAGAGAAGUUGAACGUGUACGGAGCCGGCUUAGCGGGUUCCGCCUAAGUAAUUCAAGUCAAAUCGAAAACUCCGGUACCUUCUACUAUCGAACACUGUUUUGCUCUAUACUUUCGGGAUUCCCAAGUCUGUUUAUAGGUGCAGUUGUAAUGACCACAGUCGCAUAUUACUUUAAAACAGGAAAGGGGCACGCAGCUAUUUGCACAGUGGCAUAUCAUUUCUUCGUUGUCGAGGCCAUACUGAGCCUCAGUUAUAUAAAUGGUUGGGCAACGCCUCUGCGGACAAGGCAUAGGAGACUCGCGCAUGUGGUUCUUCAAGUUUGCGGCUUUGUUUGCGCUGCAUAUGGAAUAGUUCAAGUUACGAUAAGAGAAGGAGUAUCGAAAACCGUACAUGGGUUAUCAGGAGCAAUUCUGGCAGUCCUUACGGUAUUAAGUUUUGUGGUUGGUCCUUUUAUUCUGAAGAAUGUACACAGGGCUCACACUCUUCACAUAGUGUUCGGUAUCCCAACUUUAUUAAUGUCUGGUAUAUGCGUUUGUUACGGUUUGUUGAAACCAGAGUUCACUGACUGGGCUGGGUUAGACCUAGUACGGAUAUUAAUAGGUUUCGUAAUGUUUUACUGCAUUUUAAUUGCUGUCACGACUAUUAUGAAGUGUUUGAAGAGGAUCUAAGAUUAAGCUUUUGUAUUUUUUAUUUUUUUUACACAUGAUAUUAUUAUACAUUAUUAUUAUAUUUAAUCAAGUUCUCUUAUUACUCUAGCUUUCUAAAUAUAAAAUCUAUUGGUAUAACAUUUUAAUAACAAGGAAAGGUUUAGGUACAUCACUUCGAAUUUAACCACAAAACAUAUAGUCAAGUCAGACUGAAUUGUGCUUUGUGGGAAAAUGUGAAGUGCAAACUUCGUUAUGUACAAGAAUAAGAAUAAUAAUAAUUUCACUAAUUAAUAUAAUUUAUUAGAUAGCUAUAGGUCAGAUGAUUAUCAAAAAUACCCAAGUGCCAAUUACUUUCAUAUCAAUCAGAUUGAUCUACAUAAAACUAUUUUAUUACUAAUUGAAUAAUUGUUGAUG